AUGUCUUCCAUCAAUACCAAGGACCAAUUGCGCUACUCUACGGGCCGUGCCCGUGAUGGUUCGUCCUUCAAGGUGCCCGAGACUUACGAUAUGGUGAGAUCUCUGUUCGACCCAACUUUGCCCAAGUCGAUCUCGGACUACUUCACACUAUUGUGUCUGACCUCUGUGCUAGGUCUUUAUUGGAUCACGCCGCAAAAAAUACGCACCGUUCUGUUCAUAGCGCUGUAUUUGUUCUGGAGACUGGGCUAUAAUGUUGGUUUAGGCUAUCUGCUCUAUAACCAGUCCAAGUACGAGAUGCUCUUCCGCUGGUACGAAAAAUACACCGCGGAGGGAACGAGCCACACCCUGAUCGCGAGACUUAUCGCGCUGGAGCUGAAACAACGCUUGGGUGACCAAGUCAAGCAAACUCCGCUGGAAUUCAAGACCUGGCUUGUGUACCGGUCCCUGGUCAAUCUGAUCCUGAUGAUGGACUUUACCACUUACAUGGGGCUGGUGCUGGCAUGUUCAAGCCACGCGUUUGACCAGGCUGCGCCACUCGUGAUAUUAAGAUGGACACUUGGAGUGGCGUUCUUUGUGUUCAACUUGAUUGUGAAACUGGAUGCCCACAAAAUCGUGAAGGAUUAUGCUUGGUAUUGGGGUGAUUUCUUCUUCAGGCUGCAAAACAAUGAGGAGCUCAUUUUUGAUGGAGUCUUUGACCUUGCACCUCAUCCCAUGUACUCCAUUGGCUAUGCUGGAUACUAUGGCUUUGCUCUCAUGACCAAGUCCUAUACCGUCUUCUUCGUGUCAGUGUUGGGCCAUUUUCUUCAGUUCGUCUUUCUCGAAGUAGUAGAAUCUCCCCAUAUCGAGAAAAUCUACGGGUCUGGGGACGCCAAUUCUGAAGCCUUAUCAGUGGCUUCACGUGAUCUGGAGAUCUGUAAGGAAGAGGGUUCCCGUCCAAUGACAAUGCUACAGAACUUUGAUCCUUUGCGUUCUGCCGAUUACCUCACGUUGGCGUUGGUGGCCUACACGGGUGUUUUUCCGUUCUUCCUGCCAAAUACCCCAGUGUAUGAAUCUCUGCUGUUUGCAGCUGCCCUGGUGGUCAAGCUGGUGGGAUCCUUGCUGGUCAACUCAGUUUUGUACUAUCAGUCUCGCUUCAAGUCUUGGACCAAGCACUUCAUCAGGAACUCGGCCCUCGACAUGGACGUGACUGCCAAUUCGCGCAGAGUGGAAAUGAUUGCCUUUAAAAACUGGAUAUUGUGCUACAACAACCUGACUCUGGCUUCUUAUUCUUCACUUUUCGUCCUGGCUGUCCGGUCGCUGGUUUACGGCCCAGUUGAAUGGACCAAUUGGUUCAUUCUCAAGCUCGUUUUGACUACUGCCCUUGUUGCAGCGCAAUAUUUGAUUAACACGCAAAUACUUGAGUCCAUUGGUGUCUUUGGCUGGUUUUAUGGAGAUUUCUUCAUGGUGUUUGAGGAGUCCAAAAAACAGUUCCUAAGAGAUCUUUCCAGAACCGGAAUCUACCGUUAUCUCAACAACCCCGAGCGGGUUUCUUCUGUAUUGACAGUGUGGGCAUUUGUUGCGUUAUUCGAGCACCAUAGAGCUCGGUUCCUGGCCCUUGCGGUUGUGUACACCGUGAAUAAUAUCGUUCUGCUGAACUUUGUGGAGAAACCCCACAUGGUGAAACUUUACGGCGAAUCCAACGUGACUCAUAAAUCUGGAAUCGAAAGGUCCAUCAACCAGCUGUUCAUCCCACCAAAGGUCCAAGGCGAGCUGGUGAAGAUGAACGGUUCGCUUGACCGAUUGAUCGCAGACACCUCCAAGAUCAUAGACGCGUUCAUGAAGAAGGAUAAAGGCAACGACCAGGUUCUGAACCUAAAGCUGAUUAAGACUUCUCAGAAUGAUCUCACCAUCAUUGAUUCAGUGGAUGUUGAGAGGAAGCCCGGCCACUUAGAACCGAUCCUGGAACUAGUUGCCCUUCAGGAAGACUCCAAAUUGGGGUCCAAAUUCUACGUCAUUGGAGAGGAAAUCCAUGUAAGAUGGACCCAGGAUUCUACCGAGGAUGAUGAAAAGUCGUGGAUUGGUCUGUACAAGUUUCUGGAGACGUCUUCCUCAAGGGAUACCACUAGAGUUUCUUCCAAGGGCCAUUGGGCUCCUAUUCAUCCUGCGGGAUACCCUCUUUGGGCAGCUAAUCACGAGGGCCAUGUGUUUAAGGACUCGGCAUCAACUGGCGAAGUCGUUUUCAAAAGCGAUAUCGUGUACUUUGAACCAGGAGUUUACGAAUUUAGGAUGCACAGUGGUGGAAGCCAUAGAGUCACAUGCACAUCUUCGCCAUUCGAGCUCAGGCUUCCAGAGUUGCAAACUCUUCCUCUGAUUGGCUCAUCGGACGAGGACGUGAGGCCACUGGCUAAUGAGAUCCACGAAAAAUUGGUAUCCAAGGUGUUUGGCACUCGGAUUCCAGAUUGCGAGUUUGCAUGGGCAGGAGUUCUUAGUUCCAAGGAGAACGCUAAAAGAGUGCAAACGCUCGCAACGCUGCUUCAAAACGAGAUAAAAAUCGAGAUCACCAAGACGAGACUGAUAAUGGAGCCAAACUUGCUGCUGCUAGUCAAAAAGAUUGUGACCAUUCGUGCGCUUAUAGAUGCGUUGGAUGAGUGA